AUCUCUCGGAGUGAGUAGGAAGUUACGCUUUGGUCCCUACAGCUUAUAUUUUUGUGAUAUAACCUUUGUCAAUAAUUUUACGGACAAUUUUAAUAGAAUGUGAACAAAUAUAGAUUUAUCGAAUAAAAUAUUUGUAUGAGACACUAUAUACUUUAGAAAUAUUAUUCUCUAUGUAUUAUUUGUAUAUCAUAGAUUGAAAAGAUUCUUCUAAAUGAAAUAUUAACAUUCCUUGACCAUGUGACCAUGUGGCAAUUAAUAGCCUAAAUAUUUUUUUUUAACAAAUCAGAUGAGACCAAUAAAAGAUAAAAACCCUACACUCUAAAGUUCCCUGCGUGAAAACUAAUAGUGAAUACUUUUGUAGUAGAUGUUCAUUGUAAUUCAACACAUACACACACACACACACAAUAGUUAUUAGAUUAAAAUUAAACAUUAAGAGUAUUUGAUAAAAUAAAGUACAGAAAAGAUGAUUGAUUGAAAGUUCUAAUAAUAUUAUCUAUAUUUUCAUGAUUUAUUUCUAUAUAGUAAUUUAAUUGUUUGGUUAUAGUGCGUUUAUUUAUUAAAUAUGUCACCAAUACAGGAAAAUUUAAGAGAUUCGAGCGGAGAUUCCGGAUCAGAUUCCGACAACGCUUCUAUAUCAUCAAGAUCAAGCAUAAGGUCAGCUAGAUCCGAUGCAAGUAGAAGGUCAGAUGUAAGUAAGAGAUCGGAUGAAAGUAGAAGGUCAGAUGUGAGCAGGAGGUCGGAUGCAAGUAGAAAGUCAGAUGCAAGUAGAAAAUCUAAUGCAAGUAGAAAGUCCGAUUUGAGUAUAAGAUCUGAUGCGAGUAAGAGAUCGGAUGUAAGUAGAAAGUCAGAUGGUAGUAGGAAAUCAGAUGCAAGCAGAAAGUCAGAUGGUAGUAGGAAAUCAGAUGUAAGCAGAAAAUCAGAUGAAAGCAGAAAGUCAGAUGGAAGCAGAAAAUCAGAUGGAAGUAGAAAAUCAGAUGGAAGCAGAAAAUCAGAUGGAAGUAGAAAAUCAGACGGAAGCAGAAAAUCAGAUGGAAGUAGAAAGUCAGACGGAAGCAGAAAAUCAGAUGGAAGUAGAAAAUCAGACAGAAGUAGAAAAUCAGAUGGAAGUAGAAAAUCAGAAGGAAGUAGAAAGUCUGAAGAAAGUAGAAAAUCGGAAGAAAGUAGAAAGUCUGAUGAAGGAAAUGAGUCGAAGAUAUUAGAUUCGAGAAAGUCUCAAAGCCCUAAGGAAGAUAGAAGUGAUAAUGAAUCUGAUAAAUCUUUUAUUGCAGCUGAUAACGAAGGAAGUGCUAAAUCUGAUGACAGUGAUUUAGAAGAAUCUAAAAAACGCAAAUCUAAUGAUUCGGAAGAAACAAAAACUACGAAAAAGCAUAAAGUUUUAAAUGGUUCAGAUUCUGAAAAUGAAGAUGCAGAAAAAGAUAAAGAUAAUGGCGUAGCUCCAACAGCAGAUGCUUUGUUUGGUGAUGCAAGUGAUAUUAGUACAGAUGAUGAGAAAGAAAAAAGAGAAACUAAAGAUAAAGAAAAACGUGAAAGUAGAAGUAGAAGUCGAAGUAAAAGCCGUAGCAGGAGUAGAAGUAGAAGUCUUAGUAGAGGAAGAUCUGAUAGCGGUGGGGAAGGACCAAGUCAUCAACCUAUUAUUGAAGAUGAUGAUAAAGAUAAAGAAGAUGAACCAGAACCAGCGCCAGAAACUAGGAUCGAUGUGGAAAUUCCUAAAAUAUCAACAGACUUAGGAAGAGAAAUACAUUUUGUCAAGCUUCCUAAUUUCUUAUCAGUAGAAACUAGACCAUUUGAUCAUGACACUUAUGAAGAUGAAAUUGACGAGGAAGAAACUUUAGAUGAGGAAGGUAGAGCACGAUUAAAACUCAAAGUUGAAAAUACAAUAAGAUGGAAAGAAGUAUUCAAUGAUAGUGGAAGAGUUGAGCAUGAAAGUAAUGCUAGGUUUGUUAAAUGGUCAGAUGGCAGUAUGUCAUUGCAUUUGGGAUCUGAAAUAUUUGAUGUAUAUAAACAGCCCUUACAAGGUGAUCAUAAUCACCUUUAUAUACGUCAAGGUACUGGUUUACAAGGACAAGCAGUGUUUAGAACAAAAUUAACUUUCCGUCCUCAUUCAACUGAAUCCUUUACACAUAGAAAAAUGACUAUGUCCUUAGCAGACAGAUCACAAAAAACGUCUGGUAUUAAAGUUCUUUCUCAAGUAGGAAUGAAUCCAGAUCAAAAUAGAUAUGAAAUGAUUAAGAAAGAAGAGGAGAAAUUAAGAAUGGCCAUGCGUGUUCAGAGUAAGACAAAAAAAUCUACCAGUGGAGGUCGAAGUACAUUAAGAGCUUCUACCGGAUAUGGUGCCGAUGCUUAUCACGAUGACGCUUCUGAAGAUGAAGGAGCUAUUUCUCUUGCAGCUAUUAAAAAUAAAUAUAAAAAGGGAGCUGCUGCUACUUCUAAAGCUGCAUCAAAUAUUUAUUCUUCUGACGAAGAAGGUUCAGACUUUGAAACUAUGAGGCCGAAGAAAAAUAUUAAAGGCAAAGUACUUAAAGAUUCUGAUGAAGAAUCUAAUUCCGAGAGUGCUUCAGUAAGCGGUGGAGAGGAUGAUAAUCAAGCUGAUAAUACUAGCGAUUAAAUGAAUUUCAUUAUUAUUGGCAAAUAUUAAUACAACAUGGCAAAUAGUAAUACACACAUGUGCAUUACUAUUAAUUCAAAUUUUUGACAAAUUAUGGAUAGUGAAUGUUAUAUGUUUAGGAGUUUAUUUUUCAGACCUUUCAUUAAUUCAAUAUUAUUAGUUUUAAUACAAUGGUACAAAUGAAUAGGAAUAUAUGAAUCAGCAUUUUUUAAAUCUUUUAAAUAAGGAACGUAAGUCAGCUAUUAUACAUUUUUUAAAUCUACAUUUGCACAAAUCUACAUUAUACACAGCAGCAAAAUUUUGUACGCGUUGAACUAUUACUGUGUAAAUAUUACAUAUUAAAUUAAUAUUAUUUUUUAUUUGCUUUAUAGAUCCUUAAUGAACUUUCAAAUAAGUAGACAGUGAAAAAAGUGAACAGUUUUUUGCAAAUAAACUUUCAAAUGUACAUAUAGAUAAGUGAUAUUGAGUGAUAAAAAUGACAAUUAUGAUGGUGAUAAUAAACAGUUUUGCUUAAUGAUGGAACAUUAGCAUAACUUUAAAAAAAGGAAAUUUAUAAUAAAUAUAAUUUUGUUUAAAUGUA